GAAGGCAGUAGCCAAGCGCAUCACAACUACACACUCUCUGUUCCUCUCUCUCCCUCCCGGGACUCCUCCUGUACCUUAGACAGGGACACCGUUGCCGCUUUCGGCACUGAUCUCUCGAGGCCAGAAUCCAUGGCGCCGCCCCUCUCCUCCUGGCCAUGGGCGAGCCUCGGCCAAUACAAGUACGUGUUGUUCGGCCCUCUGGUGUGGAAGGUGGUGCAGGAAUGGCGGGAGCAGGGGGGCCUGCCGCUGGGCUCGUGGUGGCUGCACCUGCUGGUGCUGUUCGCCGUGCGCGGCCUCACCUACCAGUUCUGGUUCACCUACGGCAACAUGCUUUUCUUCACCCGCCGCCGCCGCGUCGUCGCCGACGGCGUCGACUUCCGCCAGAUCGACGCCGAGUGGGACUGGGACAACUUUCUGCUGCUGCAAACGCUGAUCGGGGCCACGGUGGUCAACAGCCCACUGCUCCCGGGCCUGCGGCAGCUCUGCCUGUGGGACCCGCGCGGGUGGGCCGUGGCCCUGCUGCUGCAUGUGGGCUUCUCAGAGCCGGUCUUCUACCUGGCCCACCGGGCCCUCCACCGGGCCCCGCUCUUCGCCCGCUACCACGCCGCGCACCACGCCUCCGGCGUCACCCAGCCGCUGACAGCCGGGUUCGGCACGCCGCUGGAGAGCCUGCUCCUGACGCUGGCGAUGGGGGCCCCGCUUGCGGGCGCCUUCCUGGUGGGCCACGGCUCCCUAGCCCUGGUGUAUGGGCACGCCUUCGUGUUCGACUACCUGCGGGCCAUGGGCUACAGCAACGUGGAGAUCGUGUCGCCCAGGGUGUUCGAUGCGUUCCCGCCGCUCAGAUACAUCCUCUACACGCCCUCGUACCUGAGCCUGCACCACCGCGAGAGGCGCGGCAACUUCUGCCUGUUCAUGCCGGCGCUGGACGCGGCGUUCGGCACCCUGGACGGGCGGGCGUGGGCGCUGCAGCGCGCGGCGUACGACGGCGCGGCGGGCGGCGGCGCGCUGGGCACGCCGGAGUUCGUGUUCCUGGCGCACGUGGUGGACAUCAUGUCGUCGAUGCACGUGCCGUUCGCGCUCCGGUCGCUGAGCUCCGCCCCCUUCGCCAACCACUUCAUCCUGCUCCCCUUCUGGCCCGUCGCCUUCGGAUUCAUGCUUCUCAUGUGGUGCUGCUCCAAGACCUUCGUCGUCAGCUUCUACUACCUCCGCGGACACCUCCACCAGACAUGGUCCGUGCCGCGCUACGGCUUCCAGUACUUCCUGCCGGCGGCGAAGAAGGGCAUCAACCACCAGAUCGAGCUGGCGAUCCUGCGGGCCGACAGGAUGGGCGUCAAGGUCCUCAGCCUCGCCGCGCUCAACAAGAACGAGGCGCUGAACGGAGGCGGCACCCUGUUCGUGAACAAGCACCCGGACCUGCGGGUGCGGGUGGUGCACGGCAACACGCUGACGGCGGCCGUGAUCCUCAACGAGGUCCCAAGCAACGUCAGGGAGGUGUUCCUCACCGGCGCCACCUCCAAGCUCGGCAGGGCCAUCGCGCUCUACCUCUGCAGGAAGAAGAUCAGGGUCCUGAUGUUCACGAUGUCGUCGGAGAGGUUCCUCAAGAUCCAGCGGGAGGCGCCGCCGGAGUUCCAGCAGUACCUCGUGCAGGUCACCAAGUACCAGGCCGCGCAGAACUGCAAGACCUGGAUCGUGGGCAAGUGGCUGUCGCCGCGGGAGCAGCGGUGGGCGCCGGCGGGGACGCACUUCCACCAGUUCGUGGUGCCGCCCAUCAUCGGCUUCCGGCGGGACUGCACCUACGGCAAGCUCGCGGCGAUGCGGCUCCCCAAGGACGUGCGCGGGCUCAGCUCCUGCGAGUACACCAUGGAGCGCGGCGUCGUGCACGCGUGCCACGCCGGCGGCGUCGUGCACUUCCUCGAGGGAUGGGACCACCACGAGGUCGGCGCCAUCGACGUCGACCGCAUCGACGUCGUCUGGAAGGCGGCGCUCAAGCACGGCCUCGCGCCCGUGUGAUUGCCCCCCGCCCACCCGCGCGCCGGGGUCUUGUCGCCCAUACGUUAGUUCACCGUGGCUAUUCAUGUACUGUGGACGCCAGUAAAAAAAGAAAAAAAAUGAGAGCGCGCGAUUUGACGGUAGACCGGCCAAGAUUUAUAAAGACUCACCACUUCCUCACGGAGUAGUCAUGUCUCCUUUUUGUUGGAAUCUAAUAUUUUCCAUGUAAAUUUGAAUUUAGAUGAGUUGAAUCUCAACAAUUGGAAAAAUAAAAA